GGGUGGGGGCCGCCAUAUUGCUGCGGUUGAGGGAGAAGGGGGCUCUCGGCGUUGGUGCAGUCGGAGCUGUCACUGCGCGGCUCCCCGUCUUCUCCCGCUGGAGCCCGCGGCGCGGAGCGCUGGGCCGCCAUGGCCCGGAGGCUGAACACGGAGCAGGGCAUCCGCCUCAGCGCGAUGAGCCCGCGGUACCUGCAGAGCAACAGCACCAGCCACACGCGGCCCUUCAGCGCCAUGGCCGAGCUGCUGGACAAUGCCUCAGAUCCAGGUGUGACGGCUAAGCUUCUCUGCAUUGAUGUUGUGGAGAUCAAGGGGGAGCUUUGUUUGACUUUCACAGAUAAUGGUGCUGGAAUGACACCUCACAAACUUCACCGUAUGCUCAGCUUUGGCUUCACAGACAAGACAGUGAAGAAGAACCACCCAUCCAUUGGAGUGUAUGGUAAUGGUUUCAAGUCAGGCUCCAUGCGUCUGGGAAAGGAUGCCAUUGUCUUCACCAAGAAUGGAGGUGCACUCAGUGUGGGGCUCCUUUCGCAGACCUAUUUGGAACGUGUCCAUGCUCAGGCUGUUGUUGUCCCGGUGAUACCAUUCAACCAGCAAAACAAGAAAAUGAUUGUUACAGAAGACUCUGGGCCUAGCCUUGAGGCCAUCCUGAAACAUACACUCUUCAGUACUGAGGAGGAGUUGCUGGCUCAGUUUGAUGCCAUUCCAGGCAAAAAGGGCACACGGAUCCUCAUCUGGAACAUCCGCAGAAAUAAAGAUGGGAAGCCUGAAUUGGACUUUGAUACAGACCAGUAUGACAUUCGGAUAUCAGACUUCAGCUCGGAGGAAUCAGAGAAUGCUGGGAGGAAGGUUCCUCCUCGCCUUGAGAAGGUGCAAGAGUCCUCUGCACCAGAAACAGAGUACUCCUUACGGGCAUACUGCAGUAUCUUGUACCUGAAGCCUCGCAUGCAGAUUGUUCUGCGACAGAAGAAAGUGAAGACUCAGCUGAUCUCCAAGAGCUUGGCUAAUAUUGAAUAUGAUAUAUACAGACCUACCUUCACAAACAAGAGAGUGAAGAUCACCUUUGGGUUCAAUUGCAAGAACAAUAGCCACUUUGGGAUCAUGAUGUACCACAACAACCGACUCAUCAAGUCCUAUGAGAAAGUGGGCUGCCAAAUGAAGGGGGAUGGCAUGGGCGUGAUUGGGGUGAUUGAGUGCAACUUCUUGAAACCAGCACACAACAAACAGGACUUUGAAGAAAGCAAGGAAUACCGACGGACAAUUACUGCACUGGGACAGAAACUCAACACUUAUUGGAAGGCGAAGGUGGCACAGAUGAACUUAGGUAGUUCCAGUGCUGCCAGUGUGCCAGCAGGGAGACCAGACCAGACUUGGGUGCAGUGUGAGGAGUGUUUGAAAUGGAGGAAGCUCCCUGACAAGGUUGAUCCUGCAUCAUUACCUGAGAAGUGGUUCUGUCAUCUCCAUCCUCACCCCAAGUACAAAAGCUGCUCAGCACCUGAAGAGCAGGAGCCCAGCGAUGACGAGAUGAGCCCCAACUAUGACCGAAAAUUCAGGAAACAAGAGCAGACUGCAGAGAGAAAGAGGAGGAGGUCGUCGUCAUCUUUGGAGAACCUGGAACACCAGGUAUUAUCCACUACACCAGAGCCCUGUCCUGCUCAGAAUAACAGUGUAACACGAGCCGCAAAGCAAGAGCCUGCAGAAAAGGGGCCUGAUGGGAUUGCUGGCUCUCUCACUCCUCCCCCUGCUCUUGACAAGAUCGGUGCUCUCUGUCUGACCACUGGGCCUUUGGAGAAAAAUAUACCCCAGACAGCUUCAAGCAAGCACAAGCUGUCCACAGAAGAAUUGCUGCUGGAAAAGCGGAAGCGAUAUCAGGAGCAGAUAGACCCAUCCCCCCCCGAUCUGACCAGUCCCAGCCCUCCUACUUCUUUUGAAAGGCAGAGCUUCACUGAAGUGGACCAGGAUCAGGAAUGCAGUGAGUCUGACAAGGAUGAUGAAAGUAUACAGGGGAGCAUAGACUCCUGCCUAGUCAGAGAACAUCUGGAUGCACUCUCUGGCACCAACCAAGCUGGGGAUGCUUCACACAAUGGAGGUCUCUGUCCUACCAAAGAGACUCCAGCAAGUCUCGGUCACUUUGAAGGAGAGCAAAAGGAGACUGCAGUGGUCCAGGCGGAACUGGAAGAGGAAAUGCCAGCCUUAAUAUCAGAAAGCCAGGCAUCAGAUAAGAGUGUCUGUGUAAAUACAUGUGGGAAUUUGGAGGAGGUGGACAAGAGGCCCUUCGUGGCUGUUGUUGGUAUUUCACAGGCUGCUGUGGAUGGUGAGGCUCCCAUUCAGCUAAUCCCCUUUGGGUGGGAGGAGAGACUUGAUAAAGCAAAGAUUGAGGUGAAGGUCCGGAGCCACAAUGAUCCUCCCCCUGAUGGGGACAAAGGAGGAGGAGACCUGCAGGUACCAAAGACCAGAAAUCAGAGGGAUAUGGUGGAGCAGGAGGAGCUGAGACAGACUGUGGAGAAUUUCUCGGUGGAGCUGAAGAGGGUCUCAAUGGAACGGGAUUUGCUCCAGGGCAAGGUGGAGGAACUAGAGCAGGAGAAGUGCCACCUGGAGACAGAUUUCUUGAAAAGCCAACAGGAGUUGGCAACACUCAGGGCCCAGGAGACCGAAGGCUUGUACUGGAGCAAGAAACACAUGGGUUACCGCCAGGCUGAAUUGCAAGAGCUGAAGGCUCAGCUGGAGAGGACCAUAGAGGAAAAGACUGAGCUGAAGGAGAGGCUCAAGGAGACAGAGAUGCAUCUGGAGGUGCUUAGGGAGGCACAUGUAUCCUGCAGGAGCCCAGAGAGAGGAGACUUGAAAAGGUCAGAACUCACUAUGGAGAAGCUGAAGAACCUGCGUAGGAAUGUCAGCCAGCUCCUUUCGCUGGUCCUCCCUCACCUAGAACUGCAGGAUGUUAACUAUGAGUCGGACCAGAUUGAUGAGAUCUUGCAGACAGUGUUGGAGACAAACAGGAUGUCAUAGUAGCCCUUCCCCCAUGCUGCCACUGUGCCUUUUUGUAUAGUUUCUUUAAUAAACCCAUAAGUUCUUCAUCCUAA